UCUUGCUGAUUAAGAAAAAACAGCCACCAACCAUGACUUUAUAAGAUGAUAUGGUUGACCUUAAGACAUUUUAAGCUUAUAAGUAAUUACUAAUUCUUUAUAGUUUCGUGGAUUCAGUCUUAAUAUGAUAUAAGUGCUACAAGACUAAUCAAUCCAUGAAUUGGCUCAACCAAUCGUGCAAACAUAUAUAUUAAUAAGACUAUUUUUACUUUGUUGACAAUUUAUUAAUUUGAAGCAAACAAGAUUCAUGCCAUUACCUUGAGUCCUGACAAUCAAAUCUCAAGUAAUUGCACCACCAUUUGAUCAACAAAACAAAGGCAUCCCACCAACUCUACCUCCUGAUGGAAUUCUUCACCAAAGCAAAAUUCAUCAGGCUUAGAAGCCAUCACAACAGGUAUUUGAUAGCAGGUUCAGAUGGCGAAUCAAUCAAGCAGAGUAAAAAUGGCAACAGCAGGCAGGCACGUUGGUCUGUCAAGGUUGUGCAAGACAACCCUAACAGGAUUUGUCUUCGGAGCUGCUACGACAAACUCCUAACAGCAUCAGAAGAGUCCUUCCUGUUAGGCUGGACAGGGAAUAAGGCCCUGCAGACCGUGCAGUCUGACUGCGACCUGUCAGUACAAUGGGAGCCCAUAAGUGCAGAUUUUUACGUGAAACUGCGGGCACCACUCAUGGGGAAGUUCCUCAGGGCUAAUGCUGGGACACCACCUUGGAGAGACACGGUUACAGUGGAUGUCCCUGAACGGAAAACCACGCAGGAUUGGGUGCUUUGGGUGGUGGAUAUUCUAGACGAUGAUGCAGCAACCGCGGACUUUGAUCGAUGUUCUUGGCCUAGGAAUUCCAAAUCAUUAGCCCAUAACAAAAGUGUUAUUGCUUGUUAUAAGUCUUCUUAUUCCAUGAUCAAUAACGUAGCAUUAGCAAGGUAUAGUAGUUCAAGUUCUGGUUCAUGGGUUGAAGACGAAAGCGAUCAAUCAGUAUCAACAGCAACAAGCUCACCUACAACUUGUUCAGUUGCUGGUGCUUACAAGAGUGAAAUGGAGUUAUUCCACAAUGCAAAAACAGUGCGCUUACGUAGCAGCCACGACAAGUACCUUAUAGCCGACGACGACGGUGAAACUGUAUGCCAAGACAGGCAUGGCGGAACAAAGUACGCACGAUGGACGGUAGAGUACGUAAAAUCUGUAGAAGGCGUAAGCCUGGUGCGCUUCAUGAGCUGUUAUGGAAAAUAUUUAACAGCAACAGAUGAUGAGUUUUUGUUAGGUGUAACAGGGAAGAAAGUUAAGCAAAUUAUGCCUAGAAGAUUGGAUUCUUCUAUAGAGUGGGAGCCUUUAAGAGAUGGAAUGCAAGUCAGGUUGAAGACAAGAUAUGGUAACUUUUUAAGGGCUAAUGGUGGACUUCCACCAUGGCGGAAUUCGAUUACUCAUGAUGUUCCUAGCAGGAGUCAUACUCAGGAUUGGGUUCUUUGGGAGAUUGAGGUGUUGGAAGUUUAUGAUACUCCAAAACAGGUUGAGGCUGAGGCUAAGGCUAAGGCUGAGGCUGAGGCUGAGGAUGAGGAUGAAAGCGAGGCGAAACGGAAGUUUGAGAGGUGUGAAUCAGAGUAUGAUCCUUCCUGUUUCAGGAAUUCUCAAUCUGGGCAUAGCGGAUUUGGUGCAUCAAGUGCAAAGAAUGAAGGCCGAGUUAUACACUAUAAUGUUGUGGACGAUGAUGGAAAUAUUGUUGAUGAAGCAGAGGGAGAAUGCUCAUUAGUUUUUGAAGGCAGUAGUCUGGAGGAGCUGACUCAAAUGUUGGAGAAAGAGACAGGUUUAACAGAGUUUGCAUUAUGCGCUCGCAGUCCUUUGAAUGGAAAGCUUUAUCCAAUGCGGCUGGCUCUUCCUCCAAACCAUGUGAAAUUGCAUGUUUAUGUUGUACCAUCAUCUUGCAAAGCUGCAGCAGAGUUUGGCCUGAGCUGAGCGGCGAGGAUUUACUUACCAACAUGAUGCUGUCAAUCUUUUGUGAUUUGAGUUAAGUCAAUACAGAUGAAGCUGAAACAGAAAUGAUUCUUUGUAUAUACCUUAAUAAGCCUUUUGGACUUGUAUGAUCAAGUUCUUAGUGCUAAUCAGUGGAAUCUAUCUUGGCAGUCAGUUUAUUUGGCGUUUUGUCUA